UUCUUUGUUUCUUUUCGUUCGAUGGAGUUUUUCAUGUUUUUAAUUUUCUGAACCCGAAAACUAGUCAUUGCGGUGUUAGCGUUGCAUUUUGAAAUCGGAAAUUAGUUUUUGUCUUGAGUAUGGAUCUGGAGCAUUUUAGGGUAACCAAUCCUGUGAGGAUUGUGGUUAAUGAUGAUAGUAGUCGAAAUGAAUGAAAUGAUUUGUUCAUGUAAGUGAAAAAGAAAAUGUGCAGAAUGGGAUUUGGUAUGGUUGCAUUUUCUUGGCCUCUGUUUCGUAGAUUGAAGGGAGGACCAUGAAGAAUGAAAUUGGCUGAUCUUGUGCAACCCAUGACUGCCCAGAUUUGUACUGCUGGUGGUCAAUAUUCGCCUGGACAUGAUGUUUGCCUUACUCAUCUGAGUCUCUUCCCAACACACCAAUAAAUUUGAUAGUUUAUGUUUUUGUAUUAAUGGAUUUUUUCUCUAGUUAUUGGCACCGUUGUUUUUGUAUUGAGUUUGUUUAUGUAUGCCUCCUUGAGUUUAACCAGGGGAUUUGAAUUAUGAUGCACCAAAGAGUCAACAAAAAACUUUUGGAUCAGGGCAUCAUGUUAUUAAGAUAUUAACGGUUGGGUUGUGUCAUAAACUAGUUUCAGAUAUUAUUAUACGGUAACUUCUGUGUCAUAUAAUUAAAGACGAGUGGAAGGUGAUGAUUGAAGCAGGUACUUAUGAUAAUCAAGCAUAUCUUAUUGUUCUCCUGGUGCGGCUACGUGUAGUUGUGCCGAGCUUCAAGGAUAUGUCUGUAUGAUUUACAAGACUGCUCUCUGAUUCAUUCUCUGUUCAUUAUAUUUUAUGAUUAGUGGCCAAGAAAAUGUUCUGCCUUUGUCCAUACAAGGUCAAGUUCAAGCACACACAAUGGGGAGAAGACCUGCUAGAUGUUACCGACAGAUUAAAAACAAACCGUACCCUAAGUCACGAUUUUGCCGUGGUGUACCUGAUCCUAAGAUCAGGAUCUAUGACGUGGGAAUGAAAAGGAAAGGAGUAGAUGAAUUUCCAUUCUGUGUCCACCUUGUGAGUUGGGAGAAAGAAAACGUGUCAAGUGAAGCUUUAGAAGCAGCUAGGAUUGCCUGCAAUAAGUACAUGACCAAGUUUGCUGGGAAGGAUGCAUUCCAUUUGAGGGUCAGGGUGCACCCCUUCCAUGUUCUGCGGAUUAACAAGAUGCUUUCAUGUGCUGGGGCUGAUAGGCUCCAAACUGGCAUGAGAGGUGCCUUUGGGAAACCACAGGGAACCUGUGCGAGAGUGGCCAUUGGGCAGGUUCUCCUUUCAGUUCGCUGCAAGGACAACAACGGUCAGAACGCACAGGAGGCCCUCCGCCGUGCUAAGUUCAAGUUCCCUGGUCGUCAGAAGAUCAUUGUUAGCAGGAAGUGGGGAUUCACUAAAUUCAGCCGAGCUGAUUACCUGAAAUUCAAGGCAGAGAACAAGAUUCUUCCAGAUGGUGUGAAUGCCAAGCUUCUUGGAUGCCAUGGGCCUCUAGCCAACCGUCAGCCUGGAAGAGCUUUUCUGUCUCAAGCUGCUUAGACUGAGUUAGUUGCUUAAUUUAUUUGGGAUCAUUUUUGACAUUAUUAGCAUUGGUUAUCUGAAUUUUUGUGAAACAAACUGAGCUUCCUUUUCUAUUCUGUUUUAUCUUCUAUCCUAAUAGUUGUCUUCUUUUGGAACAUCUCCAUUGAUUAGACAAUGAUCACAGUUCUCGAUUGUUUCUCAUCA